AUGGUGGUGGGCGGCGGCAUCGAGUGGCGCUGGCGGUUGGUCGCAACUGUGGGUGAUAACAGUGGCGAGUGGGUGGCGGUGGCGGCGACGGCGGUGGCUGUUGGGGCGAGUUGUCCUGUCCUCCUUGUUUUUCAUACUCAUGAUCAUUCUUGGUUUUGUUUUGAUUUUUUAAGGCUUGUGACCAACUUCAGUUGUGCCUAUAAAAAGAUGAAUCUAUCUGGAUUGACCGGAAGCCCUACAAGAAACCAGAACUCCACAAUUCUGUUGCUUACUUUGAACGCGGUCAUUUUUCCAAGAAUCAACAUAAACGAUCCAUACAAAAGACUCGGUAUCAGCAAGGAAGCUUCCGAAGACGAAAUCCAAAGUGCUAGAACCUUCUUAGUCCAAAAAUACGCGGGUCACAAACCAAGCGUAAACUAUAUACGAUCGGCUCAAGAGGUUGGAACCUUUAUCGUGUCGUGGCUGUUGGGAACGUUCUUGAUGGUGUCGGUUAUUCCACCAGUACUGAAAGGGCCGAGGAGUUUGGAAGUGACAACAUCGUUGGUAACAUACACGCUUCUGUGGGUUUCUUCUACUUAUCUUAAAUAGAAUCAAGGCAUCGUUACAAGUGAAGUCGAAAUUUUCUCUCUUUAAGAAAGUAGUCAUUAUGUUACAGAGGUCAAAUUAUAGAGUAAUUUUUUUGGCGUUUUGAUGUUGUAUCAAGAGGUUUCAUGACCCAUUAGUUUUUCUCUUUUGUUCAUUUAUGUAAACUUGUUUGUAUUUAUCUUUGUUUAGAAUUAAGAAAGAA